UCAGCUUCGUGCUGCCCGCUCCGGCAGCCAUCCGUGCUUCUCUGGCCCGUUGCAUUCCCAUCUCCAAGCAAGGAGACUUCAAGUUCAUCCAUACAUGCUAAAGACUAGGAUACUUGCAAGCCACCGCCGAGGUUCCUCGACCGGAGCCCAGCAAUCGGAGCCGACCAUCACUACCCGCAGCUCCCCUCUGCAUAAUACAGAUGGCUCAAGACCAAGAUCCGGCAGCCGAUGAGUCCCUAGAACGUGCCAUCUCAUCUGAGCCUAGCUCAACAAAGGGUUCAAAUCCUUACAUGGAUACCGAUCUGCCCUCACCCAAGCGCAGGCGUACUUCUCGCAGCGGCCCAUCUCGAAGCCGAUCCGUCGAUUCGCCCUCGUCCGUGAGGCACUCGUACGAUUCUCCCGGCAUCUCAUCUGCCAACACGGUACCUGAAGCCAGGACAGAUCCCGAUACUAUGGAUACCAGCAGUGGGACAGAGCCGCCUACUCCGCCAAAUGCUCCUCGUUCUGCCACUCCGGAGCCAAAAGCUACACAGCCCGAGCCUUCCUCCGUAUCACGUCCGAAUCGAGUCACCAUAAACGUGCGGACCCCUUCUCGCCCUCUCGAUACCAUUCCCUCUUCGCCUACCUCGGUCUCUGUGCAGACUUCCGGAGAACCAUUGCCGUCGGUCGAUAACAUACAAGCAAGCGUGGAGGCGCCCGAGGUCGACAUGACCCGGGAUGAUGCCAUCCAGGAUGCUCUUCCCUCCCCAAUCUCAGAUGCCAGUAGCCCUGUGAUUGAGGUUGGAAUGGAAAAGGAGACUGAAGAGGCCUUUACUGUGGAUGCGAAGCUUGUCGUGGAAGAGCCUGUCACGGACAUGUUGCCCGACUUCCCAUUCCACGACGACCACGAGACUUAUCGCGAUACAGUUGAGAAACUAGCACCUCUUCUAGAUGAGGCAGUUGGCCGAAAUGUCGCUCUGUGGAUUGGGGAGUUUCUUGAUCAUAUCAGAAAUGUCCCAGUUUCUACAGCCACCGGCUGGUACACGCGAUACAGUGCCCUUUGGCAUUCGCUUCCUACAUUAGCUUCAGCAUGGCACGACCGGCGGCACUUGUACUCGAGCAUCAAGGCCAUCAAACGUGAGCCAUUUGCCCUUUAUCAGCAAUUUGCGAGGCUCACUGCGUUCUUCGUCGAACUCGAUGUUCACCGCCUCAAGGAAUGCGCGACUGUGGAAGAACGGGGGCAGGUGCAACUCGUUUCAAUCAAUUACAUGCACGUCCUUACUGCACUCAUCAAUUACGAAGGGUUUUACCAACAACUAGACGAGGAAGGGUGGAGCUACGCCAUUGAAGCUUCAACUAUUUCGGAUGCCUUCCUCAAUUAUGGCGGCAACUCUGCCAGUACAGCCUUCCACCUUGGACGUUUCACUCAACUCGUGUCCGAGUUGUUGCCGCAAAACCCCAGAUUGAUCAACGAAUUGGCGUGCGUGAGCUUUCUCUACUGGGCUAUCAUACGAAAAGUUUCCACCAUGCCAGAGAACACAGCCUACAUGAGCUACGACCCUACCACGAGCAUUGUUUCCUCAGGUUAUCUCGUCUACAAAGCUCUCUCACCGAAGCUGGAGGCCAUCAUCACUGGUGAUGACCACAAGCAUCUUCUUUGGGAACCCACAUUACGCCACCUCUCGUCACUGACAUUGAUCUACCAUCAUUGUCUCGCGGCCGACGGUACCAUUCCCAAGCCUCUGAUACAACAUCAACUCCAAGGCUCGAUACCAUUCAGCUCGCGCUUUCUCCCUGAUGCUGUUGCGUAUCUCUGGAAGUUUCGAAUGUUUUGCACUCUGAUCAUGUCCGGCCAGAUGCAGCUUCGCAUACGAUCCGCGAUGGGAAUGUGCUCCGACUUGAUUACCUUCUACAAGAAGUACAACAAUCACCCAGACGACUCCAGUCUUGCCUUUCUGCAGCACAUUGCCCAAUAUCUCAUGGAAUCUGGCCUCGUAUCCUACAUCUUGGGACCCAAAUGCCAUCCAGAGAUUACGCUAGAGUCCAGUAACAUCGUUGGCUUCCUGGCUGUCACGCGGACCUAUACCGCUGAUCACACCAAUCUCAUGUUCCAGACUAUCCAGUCAACCCAGGACCCGCGAAUAUCCAGCGCCCUCGUCAACAUGAUCAACAAGAUUGUACAGCUUUUCAAUCCAAAAGAUCUCUUGUACUUCUGUACAAGGUUGGAGGCGAUGCCUCUGGACUCUUUCACCUCGACCAUGAGAGACUUUUGCGCUCAAGUGCUGCAGCAGCUGGCUGACAAGCUGGAGAGAAUAGGCAACUAUCCGAUCCCAUAUUCAUUAUGCGUUCGCCUCGUACGAGACUCUUCAGUCUUUGGGUCACAGUCUCAGAUUGCUUACCCUGAAAUCCACCACUUCGCGAUCCAGAAGUUCUCGGAGUUAUUGAGGGAGGGUCCAACUGAGGAGAUUCGUAUGCAAACUUACACAGAGUGCUUGCGAAAUAUUUCUGAGAGAACCCCAUUUGCAUUGGGAAGCUUAUGGAUUUUGUCCAGAAUGACGCGUUCGUCCGCGGGUAGAGAACUCAAGCUGCUAGCUAAGCAACAUGACCUGGUCAGAAUUCUCGUUGAGGAGUUUGAAGGCUCGAUUCCAACCGCGCGGGCUGCUGGGUUUCCUCCGGUCAUUAGUGGCUAUGCUAAUGCACCUCGAAGAGAUCUUCUGUCCUGGGUCCUGAGCGAUGGGUCUCCCGAAAUUCCCCCGGACAUUAGCCAGAAACUUUGGAAUUUGCUUGUUGGUCCAGAGGCGGCAUGCGAGGAAGACAGGACCGCGGGAUGGAAAUUGCUGCAGGAAAAUUCCAAAGCCAAGUUUGCGUCAACAUGCUUCACCGACUUUCUGCCAUCGCUUGAUCCGAAAUUCUUUACCUUCGGCACAAUUGACUUCAUCCGCACUGGCAUCCUGCCGGUCAUUCAUUCUCCGCGUCUCCUCGUUGAAGACACAGAGAGCAUCGGUCGUUUUGGGAUAGAGCAACUUUGGCGCAUUAUCCUUUCGGUACCGGAGGGUAGCAUCGAAAAGCCAGCCAUUGACCUCCUUGUAGGCGAGGUUUAUAUGGGAAAUUCGUCCAAGGGCCCAGUUCCCCUCCCCAUCGCUCGCCAACUACACUUGGCGUUGGCCGAACGUUGUCUUGAUCAGUUGAUCUCGGCGGCCAAGAAAUUGAGGAGUCUUUGCCUUGAUGUCCCCAGCAGGGAGUCCAAAAUGAACGACACGAUGCACCUAGAACAGCAGGUAUGCGAACAAGAACGCCUUUGCAUUCGCCCGCUUGCCGUCCUCAGAGCCUUCCAUUUGGAGUAUAAGGACAAUCCCAAAUUUUCCGCACCUGAUCUCCGCGCACUUAGCUUGGAUCCACCGAAGCAGAUUGAGGGAGACUCAGCUGAGCUCAAGUACCAGUCAUUUGAUGGCGAAUCCCAGACCGACAUACUUCCGCUUAGUAUUGGCAAGCUCAACACGGCGAGAUCACUGUUUGGAAGCCUGCGUGAGGCCACGGGGUUUGAAAACUACCGGAUGUAUUACCGAGGUAGUGUACUCCUACCUCGAGAAGAGUUGAUGUGCAAGUCACUGGAAGAACUGCGAAUUCACGACGGCUUGAUCCUCGUGAAACGCGAAGCAGACGACUAUGCGACAUCACCAGGCGAGAAUAUACGCUCCGGAGCCUCACCUGUUGAGGUUGUUAUUUUACGUCAUUUUGCUGAGUUGUAUGAGUGCUUGACAAUGGAGAAGAUUUCUGAAGAGAUUUACGAUCUCCUUAGCCAACUGCCGGCCGAUGAGAACAUCCUGAAGCUCAUUGAUGACCCUUCAACAACCCACCAGGAUAUCUUCCCCACCGAUCAGCCGUUCAAGUCGAAGUAUUCUGUAUAUGCACUACGCGAAUAUCUCAUACCUCGAAAAGAUGGCGUUCCCAAUCACCGCUAUGAGAGUAUCACGGGUAACGGAGACUCGGCCAACUCACACAGCAAAGCCCUGCUCAGAGGUUUACGCAUCGUGGUUGGUGCGAUAUCAGACCAGGAUUUAACCCGAAACUGGCCUAGUCAUGAAAUGCAGCUUGACUGGAUCUUCCCCUUGGUAGAAUGCUUUGUCCUGAUACUUCAAGAUCCUCUCCUUCCGCACUCGGCUACCGAGCUAGUCGACGGGACCUUACUGGAUCGCUUGGUCAGCAUUCUAGUCGCUUGCCACAACAGCGCAGCUGAACGCACCGUUCAUCGCAUACCGGUCUGCAUCCACAGCAUCUUGGAAGCCUGCUCAAUGAGUCCAGAAUUCAUGAAAGCGUGUUUCGAACAUGACAGCAUCCCGAAGCUGCUCGAGAAUCUGUUACUUCAUGACCAACGCGCAAGCGUUAGGCAGAGUACAAAUCAAUUGUUGCUAGGCAAAUUCAAUAUUGAUACCCCCACAGAACUAGGAAGGGUUUCCCAGGAUCCAGAGUCAUGCAUUGCUGACUCUGAGACGUUGUCUGAUGAUGACAAUCCCUUCCGCGCAUAUCUAUGGCCUGUCAUCUCGGGCUUUGUGCGGUCGGCCAUGAGUAGCCCCGGUAACCCAUCAGAGUUUUUCGAAUUGUGCCAAAGCAUGUUGAUGACUCUGGUGAAAUCCAAGUCAUCUUUAGUUGACGUUCAAAAACUCUCCCAGGAAUGGAUCGGAUUGCUCCUCGAGUAUCAGACCUUCGAGGACCCUACACAACCCUCCAAAGUGGACGUUGCCGUUAGCGGCUUGAUCGAUCUGAUCUGGGCGAUUGUCAGUGGACAUCAGUAUCUUGGAGACACAUUGGCCGGUGUCGCCCGCAAACUCUACUGGCAGCAUCUCUAUCCGCCUAUGGGAACGAAAGAGGCAGAGAGUUCCAGGCCCAUCAUUACCGAUUCCACAAGGGACAAGCUUUGGAGUAUCGUUCUGGUCCUCGUCGGCGAAGACCCAACACAGUUUUCAUGGCUCAUCGAGGACUUGAAGGCCUUGACUCCACCGCGUCCUGACCCAGAAUACCAUCCGUACUUGUACGAAGUUCCUCUACCGUAUGAGCGAGAGAAGGUUCUCAGAUCGUCAGCCGGCUACGUGGGACUGAAAAAUCUAUCCAACACAUGUUACUUCAACUCUUUGUUGACCCAGCUCUACAUGAACACGGACUUCCGUGAGUACAUUUUGCAAAGCCCGAUACGGAACAUGGUUGCGGGGUCUCAGAAGCUACUCCUUGAGAUGCAGAGGCUGUUUGCGUUUAUGCAGAACAGCAUCCGUCGCUUCGCCAACCCAGAUGACUGCCUUGGGAGUAUCAGAACGUACGAGGAUACGGUGAUCGACGUCACGAACCAGAUGGAUGUCGACGAGUUUUACAACCUUCUUUUUGACCGAUGGGAAGGGCAGUUUCCCAACGCUGCAGAGAGACGCCGGUUCCGCUCCUUUUACGGCGGACAGCUAGUCCAACAGGUUGCCUCCAAGGAAUGCAGCCAUGUAUCUGAACGGCUGGAACCUUUCUCUGCCAUACAGUGUGACAUCAAAGGGAAGACGACUUUGCAGGAAAGCUUGCAAGCAUACGUGGAUGGGGAAAUUAUGGAGGGCGAGAACAAGUACAAGUGUUCGGAAUGCAACCGCCACGUUGAUGCUGUCAAGAGGGCUUGCCUGAAGGAUAUCCCCGACAACCUUAUCUUCCAUCUGAAACGUUUCGAUUUCAAUCUGCGUACGCUGCAGAGGAGCAAGAUCAACGACUUCUUCUCCUUUCCUGACACAAUUGAUAUGCGCCCCUAUACUAUGGAGCACUUGAAGAAUCCGGACGAGGACCAGCAAGAGGAUAUCUUUGAGCUUGUCGGGGUCCUGGUACACUCUGGAACGGCCGAGUCAGGCCACUACUAUUCCUACAUCCGUGAACGGCCAUCAAGAAGCGAACAUCCGGUGUGGGUUGAAUACAAUGAUGACUCUGUUUCAAGCUUUGAUCCUAGUCAACUGGAACACGCCUGUUUCGGCGGCACGGAUUACAGGUCAAACUCCGACCACAACGGCAUGCACUUUGAGAAGUCCUAUAGCGCCUACAUGCUGUUUUAUGAACGGUCGUCAUCUCUUGCAAAGAAGCAACAAAAGCUUGGCGAACUUGGGCAAGCCAGCCCGCUCCAGGUAGACAUGUUGCCUUACCUGAAACCCUGGAUCAGGGAGGACAACAUGACGUUGCUGAGAAGACACUGCUUGUUUGACCCGUACCACACACGGCAUGUGUGCCGCGCCCUGGAGAUGAUGAAGCAACUUAACGGACAUCGAUGCACUCCAGAUCAUGCGAUCGAGAGCGAAGCCAUGACGAUGGGGCUCGGCCACCUAGACCAGGUCGCUUCGAAACUAAAAGAGUUGGAAGACUUCCGUUUGCUUACAGAGGAGAUUCUGCAACUUUCGCGAGAUUGUCCGCACUCCAGCAUAACGAUCUUUCGGUGUUCUUCGGGGCCGUAUGAGCCACUACGGAUGCUUUUGCAGAGAAAUCCGGAUGCCGAUGUCCGCCAGAAGACACUCGAGAUUCUGAUUACGGCGAUCAAUGUUAUUAAGGAGCAACUACCUUCGCGGUACGGUUUGCCAUCUCCCGAUGCGAAUGACGUCGACCCCCCGGAUUCGGCCAUGGAACACGUCAUGGUUCUUUUUGAGACCCUUUUCGCAUACAUCCACACGAGCACGAGGUCGUGGCCUGAAGUGUUUGGUUUGAUGAUGGCGUUCGUCAAGUUGGGACGCCAUGAGAUGGCGAAGUACUUGAAAAGGCCAUUCCUGGAGAUUCUUCUGAGGCUCAUUAUGGCUGAUACUAAUUUGCGCAUCGGUCAACAGUACCAAAAGCUUGCGUUGCAUCUUUCGCGCCGGGCUAAAAAUCGAUUGCCCGACUACGGAUCGCUCAUUGGUUUGCUGGAUAUCUUGCUGGCGUCUAUGCAAGUUGAAGACGAAAACCAAGUCAGGAUUACCGUGGGCCGUCCUGAUCAAAGGUUCCAGAAUGAUCCAUGGCUCGAACAGCCUUUCCUGUACACGCAAGUGGAAGCCAACCUCCUGGAAACGAUGUGGGAUAAGACUCAAGCCAACAUUUUUGCCGAAAAACUCAUCAGCAUCUACCAGAACGUCGAGGCGACUCACCGGAUAAUCAUCAACUUGGUCAAGCAAAGCCGAUGGCUCGAAGAGGGUAUUUUCCACGCUCUUGUCGCCAACAUUAGCAGCCAGAAUACAAGUCAGCUCAUAUAUCCAUUCCUGCAUGCGUCACUGAUAUUUUGCCGUCAUGCGCCUACUAGGCUAUUGGUGGAAAAGCUCAUAGAGCAUAUUUGCAACCAAUGCCGUGUCGUGGAGACUGCAGAUGGCGGAGCGUUCUUGGAAUUUCACCGGGCACUGUUCGAUUCCAAACGAGAGAGCCAGGAUGAUGAAACUGUUGCUCUUCAAGUGAUCAGCAUCCUGCCCGAUUGGGCUCCUGGUUUGUUGGGCUACUAUGACACGAGAACGAGUUCAGACACUGAGCGUUUCAUUUACGAGAAGCUUUUCCAGUACGGACCAUCGCCCUCAUUUGGUGAUAGCGAGCAGGACAAAAGGAAAGCGGAGUGCAUGAAGACGAGCGCGAAGCGAUUAGGAAUUCGUUGCUUGCAGUACCUAAGGGACAAUUUCGUAGACACGGGCGUUGAAGUGUCCGCGCAACUUGUUAUGAGCUUGGAACGAGUGAUUGAUCUGUGCGGCAAGUACUUCCCUCCUCCGGGCCCUGAAGAGGAUGCAGAAGCCAGAGUGUUCAGAAGGCUUGUUCAUAAUAUCGGCCAACGAUUGCACGCGUUGAAGGUAGACGAGGUGGAAGAAGAUGGGUCCGGUAUGUUGCUUGACGACUCCUCCAGUAUCGCAUCGAGCGACACUCUCGCCUAACAUUAUGUUUUUGAUCAAUACAGAGUGGGAGAACUCCUCAGUUAACUCUGAACAGUUUGAUGAACUGGGAGAUAUCAAGAUGUCAACGGAGGAGGUCAA